GAGAAGCGGAGCUACGACCCACCCCCGCUGUACGCCAUCUCGACCACCCCGGACAUCAUCGAGGACGCCGCCGCAGACGCCUACAAGGCCUUCCUAAAGGAGUACCCGCAGUAUCAACUGACGUGGAUGCUGGACGCCCUCCGCCGAAGCGACUUUUCAAGAUUGGAUCGCAGCGGGGAAACUUACGUCGAUUACAUGGGCGCCUCGAUCUAUCCGGCAAGCCUCAUCCGCGUUUGCCAUGGAUUCCUGCAACGCAGCCUCCUGGGAAACACGCACUCGGUAUCGAACACGUCCCGGCUGUCCGCAGCAUGCGCCGACGAGGCACGGCAGACCGUCCUUGACUUCUUCCGGGCGCCGCCAGGCUACACCGUCGUGUUCACCCCGAACGCCACUGGCGCACUCAAACUCGUCGGGGAAUCGUUCCCCUUCGGCCCCGGCAGCGCCUAUGUGCUCGGCGCGGACUCCCACAACAGCGUGCACGGAAUACGCCAGUUCGCCAACGCCCGGGGCGCCGAAGUGUGCUACAUCGAGUCUACGGACGUCGGUGGCUUUGAUGUGGCUGACGCUAAGAGCGUGCUCGUUCGACACGAGCCGCGCGGCGAGGGCGCGCCUCCAUGCCUGUUCGCCAUGACCGGCCAAUCGAACAUUUCAAACUCGAAGAACCCGCUCUCGAUGAUAGAGUUUGCGGCAUCACGAGGCUACUACACGCUCCUCGACGCCGCAGCACUAGCACCCACCUCUGUGAUAUCCCUGACCGACACACCCGUAGACGCGAUGGCGGUUAGCUUUUACAAAAUGUUCGGCUUUCCCACCGGUGUCGGCGCGCUCGUCGUGAAGGAGUCUUUCCUUGCGCGCCUGGAGCGGCCGUGGUUUGCCGGCGGAACGGUCGACGUGGUCCAGGCUCCAGGCAAUAUCGUUACGCUGAGCGCGGAACUCCACGAACGAUUCGAGGACGGCACCAUCAACUUCCUCAACCUACCCACAAUUACAGACGGCCUGCGAUUCCUCUCCGCUUACCUUCCCUUCCUCCCCCUCCGCCUCUCUUCACUCACGCGCCACCUCAUCACCUCCCUGUCGGAGCUGCGACACGACUCCACAGGCACACCCGUCGCGCAGAUCUUGUCACGUCGGCCGGGCAAGAUCCUGAAGACUGUCGGCGAGCAGUCGGACACGGGCUCGGUCGUGGCGCUCCUCUUCCUCUUCCCCUCCGGACAGAUGAUUCCGAAUUCCUUCAUCGAGUACGCCGCGUCACGACAAAACAUCUCGCUGCGCACGGGCUGCAUGUGUAAUCCCGGUGGCGCCGCAUCACUGCUUGGGCUUCGCGACGCGAUGGCCGCGCUGCCUUCCGACGCGACGCUGCGUGCAUUCGAGCAGUACAUGGGCCGCGAGCUCGGCGUGGUGCGCAUCAGCCUGGGGCUCGCCACCGACUUUCGGGACGUGUGGCGCGUAAUACAGUUCGCAAAAUCCCUCGCCGACACCGACACGCGGACGGCGAUGUGGGACGAGUGGCUCGGGGACCGGACGGGGGUGGCGCUCUAGACGGCUCGGAUGGCGCGCGGUGCGCCGGUCGUGCUCGGACUCUGGCUCUGAUUCUCUCGGACUCUGCGGCUCCACGGACCUUCAGGGGCGUGUUCUUGGUUAGCUUGCGCCUCGUCUGAUUGCGUUCUGUUUUGUUUUCUGCGAUGUGUAUCAUGCCCUGUAUUCUUCCAUUCCAGCAUAUGCGCUGUCUGUAGCAUCCGACCCCGCCCGCUAUGUAGGCCCCAUGUACUAUCUCACAUCAUGAUAUCGCGAGCAUAUCUUCACCCCGCCUUCCGAGCACGCGCUCCACCGUCCGACGUUCGAGUUUCGGCGGGCCCUGCACGGCGUCGAUGGGAAGCGAGGGGGGUGGCGUCAUCUGUGGUUCAACGUUGGGCGCGCAGCGCAGACUCCCAACCUGUCGAUCGAUGAGUGGGUUGGCGAGAAGCCGCCGCGGCGCAGAAUUGACAACUCGAUCGUGGACUCGAUCGGUGACGACUUCGAGGACGGUUUUCGACCCCCUGCCGCGGGCGGCUCCGAGGACGUCGCGGUGCGGUGUCGCCAAUGUGUUCAGUAGCCACGUGUGUGAGAGAAGAUCGGAUUGGGACACGGAUCUCUUCGUCGGGCGGGAGACAGGUUCGGCUGAAGUGAAUGCUUCUUGGGAUCGUCGAUCGCUGUAUGAGAUGCGGCGGGAUCGCUGU